AUGUCGGCUUCGCCCAGGCAGCCAGCACCCCCGGCUACAGCAGCAGCAGCAGCCACAGCUGACCAGCCUUCCCUCUCCCCGGGUUCCCAGGCUCAGUCAACUCUCUGCCGCCCUCCGGGUGUGCCCAGCAUGCUCCAGUGGAAGAAGACCAUCUACCGUUCUGUGUGCCUGUCUGUGGUGGUGCUAGCGGCCCUGACGGUGCUGCAGCGAGGCCUCACCCCGGGCCAGUUCCUCGACUCUUCCCCAUCCAGCCUAGGGCGUAGCAAGGCGGGGAAGCUCCCCAGCAGCUUUUCCAGUUCCGAUGGAUUCUGGAGCCUCCCCAGGAAGGCCGCCACGCCGGCGCCCGCUGACAGCGAGCCCCCGGCCUGGGACGUGACGGUCUCCAACUGCUCGGCCAACACCAACCUGACGGGGCAGCCCUGGUUCCAGGCCCUGGAGCCCCAUUUCCAGCAGUUCGCGCUCUAUCGUCACUGCCGCUACUUUCCCAUCCUGAUGAAUCACCCGGAGAAGUGCGAGGGGGACGUCUACCUGCUGGUGGUCGUCAAGUCCGUCAUCACCCAGCACGACCGGCGAGAGGCUAUCCGGCGCACCUGGGGCCGCGAGCGGGGUCCCGAGGCGGGCCGGGGAGCCGUGCGCACCCUCUUCCUCCUGGGCACGGCCUCCAAAGAGGAGGAGCGAGCCCACUACCAGCAGCUGCUGGCCUACGAGGACCGCCUCUACGGGGACAUCCUGCAGUGGGACUUCCUGGACAGCUUCUUCAACCUGACCCUGAAGGAGGUGCACUUCCUCAAGUGGCAGGACACCUUCUGCCCGCAGGCCCGCUUCAUCUUCAAGGGAGAUGACGACGUCUUCGUCAGCCCGGACAACCUGCUGGAGUUCCUGGCCGACCGGCACCCCGACGAGGACCUGUUUGUGGGUGACGUCCUCUACCGCGCCCGGCCCAUCCGGAAGAAGGAUAACAAGUACUACAUCCCGGGCGCGCUGUACAGCAGGUCCUUGUACCCGCCCUACGCGGGAGGCGGCGGCUUCCUCAUGGCGGGCGGGCUGGCCCGCCGCCUCUACCGCGCCUCCGAGACCCUGGAGCUCUACCCCAUCGACGACGUCUUCCUGGGCAUGUGCCUGCAGCUGCUCCACGUGCGGCCCGCGGCCCACGUCGGCUUCAAGACGUUCGGCAUCACGCGCAACAAAAGCAGCCCCAUGAACAAGGAGCCGUGCUUCUUCCGCUCCAUGCUGGUGGUGCACAAGCUUCUGCCGGCCGAGCUGCUGGACAUGUGGGAGCUGGUCCACAGCAACCUCACCUGCGCCCGCAAGCUGCAGGUGCUCUAG